CCUACUUGAACGUCAUUUGACUGGUUAGCCAGUUGCUGAUGUAUAGUCACGAUGAGCGGAUUAGGAGAAAACUCCUUGGAUCCACUGGCCCCUGAUUCCCGAAAACGCAAAUUGCCAUGUGAUACUCCAGGACAAGGUUUUACCUGCAGUGGUGAAAAGUGGAGACGGGAGCAGGAGAGUAAAUACAUUGAAGAAUUGGCUGAACUGAUAUCUGCUAAUCUUAGUGAUAUUGACAAUUUCAAUGUCAAACCAGAUAAAUGUGCAAUUUUAAAGGAAACAGUAAGACAGAUACGUCAAAUAAAAGAGCAAGGAAAAACUAUUUCUAAUGAUGAUGAUGUUCAGAAAGCUGAUGUGUCCUCUACAGGACAGGGAGUUAUUGAUAAAGACUCCUUAGGGCCACUUUUACUUCAGGCAUUGGAUGGUUUCCUGUUUGUGGUGAAUCGUGAUGGAAACAUUGUAUUUGUGUCAGAAAAUGUCACACAGUAUCUGCAAUAUAAGCAAGAGGACCUGGUUAACACAAGUGUCUACAAUAUCUUGCAUGAAGAAGACAGAAAGGAUUUCCUUAAAAACUUACCAAAAUCUACAGUUAAUGGAGUUUCCUGGACAAAUGAGACCCAGAGACAAAAAAGCCAUACAUUUAAUUGCCGUAUGCUGAUGAAAACACCGCAUGAUAUUCUGGAAGACAUAAACACUGGUCCUGAAAUGCGCCAGAGAUACGAAACAAUGCAGUGCUUUGCCCUCUCUCAGCCUCGAGCCAUGAUGGAGGAAGGGGAAGAUUUGCAAUCCUGUAUGAUCUGUGUAGCACGCCGCAUUACUACAGGAGAAAGAGCAUUUCCCUCAAACCCUGAGAGCUUUAUUACUAGACAUGAUCUUUCAGGAAAAGUUGUCAAUAUAGAUACAAAUUCACUGAGAUCCUCCAUGAGACCUGGCUUUGAAGAUAUAAUCCGAAGGUGUAUCCAGAGAUUUUUUAGUCUUAAUGAUGGUCAGUCAUGGUCCCAGAAACGUCACUAUCAAGAAGCUUAUAUCCAUGGCCAUGCGGAAACCCCGGUGUAUCGAUUCUCAUUGGCUGAUGGAACCAUAGUGACAGCACAAACCAAAAGCAAACUCUUCCGAAAUCCUGUCACAAAUGAUCGGCAUGGCUUUGUCUCAACCCACUUUCUUCAGAGGGAACAGAAUGGGUAUAGAGCAAACACGAAUCCUGUUGGACCAGGCAUUAGACCUCCAGCAGCUGGAUGUAACAGUUCGGUAGGCGGCAUGAGUAUGUCGCCAAACCAAGGUUUACAGAUGCUGAGCAACAGGACCUAUGGCUUGGCUGACCCCAGCACCACAGGGCAGAUGAGCGGGGCUAGGUAUGGGGCCUCCAAUCCCAUAGCUUCAAUGAACCCUGGGCCAGGCAUGCAGUCACCAUCUUCCUACCAGAACAGCAACUAUGGUCUCAACAUGAGUAGCCCCCCACAUGGGAGCCCUGGCCUUGGCUCCAAUCAGCAGAACAUCAUGAUUUCUCCUCGUAACCGUGGGAGUCCAAAGAUGGCCUCACAUCAGUUUUCUCCUGUUGCAGGUGUGCACUCUCCCAUGGGAUCUUCUGGUAAUACUGGGAGCCACAGCUUUUCUAGCAGCUCUCUGAGUGCACUUCAAGCUAUCAGUGAGGGUGUGGGGACUUCUCUUUUAUCCACUCUGUCUUCACCAGGCCCCAAAUUGGAUAACUCUCCCAAUAUGAAUAUGAGCCAGCCAAAUAAAGUGAACAGUCAGGAUUCCAAGAGUCCCCUGGGCUUGUAUUGUGACCAGAAUCCAGUGGAGAGUUCAAUGUGUCAGUCAAAUAGCAGGGAUCACCUCAGUGACAAAGAAAGUAAAGAGAGCACUGUUGAAGGGUCAGAGAAUCAGAGGGGUCCUCUAGAAAGCAAGGGUCAUAAAAAAUUACUGCAGUUACUUACCUGUUCUUCUGAUGACCGGGGCCAUUCCUCCUUGACCAACUCCCCCCUGGAUUCAAGUUGUAAAGACUCUUCCAUUAGCGUCACCAGCCCGUCUGGGGUCUCUUCUUCCACCUCCGGAGGAGUGUCCUCCACAUCGAAUAUGCAUGGGUCACUGCUGCAGGAGAAGCACCGGAUUCUGCACAAGUUGCUGCAGAAUGGGAAUUCACCUGCAGAAGUAGCCAAGAUUACUGCAGAAGCCACUGGGAAAGACACCAGCAGUACGGCGUCUUGUGUGGAAGGAAAUGUCAAGCAGGAGCAACUAAGUCCUAAGAAGAAGGAAAAUAAUGCACUUCUUAGAUAUCUGCUAGACAGGGAUGAUCCUAGUGAUACACUCUCUAAAGAACUGCAGCCCAAAGUGGAAGGAGUGGACAGUAAAAUGAGUCAGUGCAGCAGCUCCACCAUUCCUAGUUCAACUCAAGAGAAGGACUCUAAAAUUAAGACAGAAACAAAUGAAGAGGGAUCUGGAGACUUGGAUAAUCUAGAUGCUAUUCUUGGUGAUCUGACUAGUUCUGACUUUUACAAUAAUUCCAUAUCCACAAAUGGUAGUAAUCUGGGAACCAAGCAACAGAUGUUUCAAGGAACUAAUUCUCUGGGUUUGAGGAGUCCACAGUCUGUGCAGGCCAUUCGUCCCCCAUAUAACCGAGCAGUGUCUCUAGAUAGCCCUGUUUCUGUUGGCUCGAGUCCUCCAGUAAAGAAUAUCAGUGCUUUCCCCAUGUUACCAAAGCAGCCCAUGUUGGGUGGGAAUCCAAGAAUGAUGGAUAGUCAGGAAAAUUAUGCCUCAACUAUGGGUGGACCAAACAGAAAUGUGACUGUGAAUCAGACUCCUUCCUCAGGAGACUGGGGCUUAUCAAACUCAAAGACCAGUAGAAUGGAACCUAUGAGUGCCAACUCCAUGGGAAGACCAGGAGCAGAUUAUAAUGCUUCUUUACCCAGACCUGCAGUGGGCAGCUCGAUGCCCACCUUGCCGCUGCGGGUCGGUAGCAUCCCAGGGGCGAGACCAGUGUUGCAGCAGCAGCAGCAGAUGCUUCAAAUGCGGCCUGGUGAGAUUCCCAUGGGAAUGGGAGUCAGUCCGUAUGGCCAGGCAGCGCCAUCUAACCAACCAGGUUCCUGGCCAGAUGGCAUGUUGUCCAUGGAACAGGGCCCUCAUGGGACUCAAAAUAGGCCACUUCUUAGGAAUUCCCUGGAUGAUCUCCUUGGGCCACCUUCUAACCUAGAAGGGCAGAGUGAUGAAAGAGCAUUGUUGGACCAGCUGCACACUCUCUUGAGCAACACAGAUGCCACAGGCUUGGAAGAAAUUGACAGAGCUCUGGGCAUCCCUGAACUUGUAAAUCAAGGACAAGCUUUGGAGUCCAAACAGGAUGCUUUCCAGGGCCAAGAAGCGGCAGUAAUGAUGGAUCAGAAGGCAGCAUUAUAUGGGCAGACGUACCCGCCACAGGGGCCUCCAGUGCAGGGAGGCUUUAAUCUUCAGGGACAAUCACCAUCUUUUAACUCAAUGAUGAAUCAGAUGAACCAGCAAGGCAGUUUUCCUCUCCAAGGAAUGCACCCAAGGGCCAACAUCAUGAGACCCCGGACAAACACCCCCAAGCAGCUCCGGAUGCAGCUUCAGCAGAGGCUGCAGGGCCAGCAGUUUUUGAAUCAGAGCCGUCAGGCCCUGGAGAUGAAAAUGGACAGCCCCACUGCUGGGAGUGCUGCCGUGGUGAGGCCCAUGAUGCAGCCCCAGGUCACCUCCCAGGUGAGGAAAGGUUUUCUGAACGCCCAGAUGGUGGCUCAGCGCAGCAGGGAGCUGCUGAGUCAUCACUUCCGACAGCAGCGGGUGGCCGUGAUGCAGCCGCAGCCGCCGCAGCCGCAGGCCUUCAGCCCGCCCCCGAACGUGACCGCCUCCCCCAGCAUGGAUGGGGUUCUAGCAGGGCCCGUGAUGCCGCAGGCUUCUCCCCAGCAGUUCCCGUAUCCACCAAAUUAUGGAAUGGGACAGCAACCAGAUCCGGCCUUUGGUCGAGUGUCUAGUCCUCCCAAUGCAAUGAUGCCCUCAAGAAUGGGUCCCUCCCAGAAUCCCAUGAUGCAGCACCCUCAGGCCACACCCAUGUAUCAGUCCUCGGAAAUAAAGGGCUGGCCGUCAGGAAACUUGGCCAGGAACAGCUCCUUUCCCCAGCAGCAGUUCACCCACCAGGGGAGCCCUGCAGCGUACAGUAUGGUGCACAUGAAUGGGAGCAGUGGUCCCAUGGGACAGAUGAACAUGAACUCCAUGCCCAUGGCUGGCAUGCCCAUGGGUCCUGAUCAGAAAUACUGCUGACACCCUGUACAUCAGGACCUCCAAGGAAAUCACUGUACAAAAUGACCCUGCACUGGGAUCAUCGGGAGUAAAGAAUCAUCGUCCUGCACACCCAGCUCUGAGGAAAGAACCAGCUUUGAACUCUGGGAAGGGUAUUCCGAGUGAUGUCAUUUGAGCAGGACUGGGUUUGAAGUGGACAUGCGAUGUCUCUCUGUAUUAUUCCUCCUCCUGUGUGUCAUGGAGUUCAAAACAAAAUAUUUUUGGCAUUCUGCCUCUUAGGGAUGGGAUUCUGGAGGUACGGAGUGUUACUGAUCCCGAAACUCUCUUGUGUCCCUUCUUUCUGCCUGGCUGUCAGAGUGUUUCAGAUAAAUGUGGGCGGGCUAGAGAACCUCGGAGAAGCCCAGAGAGGCAAGGAGGUCUGGUUUCUCCAGUGGCAGUACUGGGUGGAGAGCACAGUCGCGGCCUUCACGUGUCCUCACGACCAGGUAGUUCUGUGUCCUCACCUGACUCUGUCCCGAGAAGUUGGCCUUUCUGAAUUCUUGUCUUCUAAUGAUGGUGUUGAGUUGUUCCAGCCCUGUUCUUGACUGUCCUGGACUUUUUCCUGAGUAGGAACUUCCUCUGUCCCUAACUGUCCUGUAAUACUUCACCUCCAGGGGCUGUCCUUGAUGUCACAUGGCUUUGCGGAAGGGACAGUGAGAUGACAGUAUUUAGUUGCAGCAGUAGCAAUUUUUCACAUGCUAACGUGCAGCCGAGUGCACUUUAUUUAAAAAGUAAUGGAUAAAUGCAAUAUUCUUGAGGUCUUGAGGAAUGGUGAACCACAUUCCCGGUUUUUGUCUGAACUAAUCCGUUGGACACGAGCGAUGGUUUUUGUUGUUGUUGAAAGUACUGGUGUCACCCUUUGCCUAUAUGGUAGAGCAAUAAUGCUUUUUGAAAAUAAACUGCAGAAAACCCAAGGCCAGGUACUGCAUUCUGAAUCAGAAUUUCGCAGUGUUUCUGUGAAUAGAUUUUCUUUUGUAAAUACGGCCUUUAAGAUAUUGUAUUAUGUAAAAUAUGUAUAUACCUUUUUUGCAGGUCACAACAACUCAUUUUUACAGAGUUUGUGAAGCUAAAUAUUUAACAUUGUUGACUUCAGUAAGCUCAGUGUGGUGAGGCUACGCACAGACGUCCCCUGAAUUUUGUGGCCUGGGCGAGGGCAUGGUGGUCGGAGCCCCCCUCCCCCAUGCUCUGGUGUUAGAGGCCUCUCUCUUUUCAGUCUCUUAAUCUGAAUGCUUUUUAAAAAGAUCAUUUGUUUAGAUGUAGGAGUUUUAAAUUUGUCUUUUAAAUUCCUCUACCAGAGCUAAGCACUUUGUUAAUUUUAGGGGAAAGAAUAGAUAUGGGGAAAUAAACUUUUAAAAAAAGAUACCAAGAAUUUUAAAAGAUCAAACAAUUUGAUUUAAAAAAGAAUCUUGGAUUUUAAGUGGUCCAUAAAUUAAACAAUAGCAAUUCACGGUAUUUUGUUUUUUAAUCGAGUAUGUUGCCUAUUCAUCCACUGUAGGAGUGCUCUAAGGUUUUGGUUGCUAGGACCCAAAUCCCACAUUGAGAUCUCAGGAGUAGACCCCUUGAUGUGUGUUUUCUAGUGUCUGCUCGGUUGUCACUCGGAGGCGGCACGCUCCUUGUCCCUGAGAACCGGAACAGCUGCCAGGUGGUGUCUCAGGGAGCUCAGCCUCCAGGGCGGCCGGGUCUGCAGCUUCUGAGCUGCGGUCUGGCUGAGUGAGUGCCUUUGCACUCCCUGCCACCGCCCCUUUCUGCUCUUGCCAGGCUUAAGACGCUUGUUCCAGUCCGUUGGGAAUAGAGAAAAAAGUCAAUUUUAGUUCCUUUUAUCUGGUUUACUUUAUUAGCUUCAAAUAAAUAGUUGAAUGAAAUUGGGUUUUAAAAUGUCUGUGAAUUUCAAAGGUCUCUGGCUAGCUUUGGUGUCAAUUUCCUAGCAAUAACCGAGAGCCAGUUAAUUUUUCUUUUAUUUCAUACAUGUUUAGCCAAUUUUUCUAGGUGUCUCUGAAGGUAAGAUCAUUUAAUUUCUUUGACUUAUGCAUAAGUGAAACCUGUAUUUCCAGAACCACCACUGGAACAGAUUUGGGUUUGACACCCUCUCCCCCACCUCCUGGUUAAAAAUAAAUCGAAGAUUGUAAAUCCAUCAACUUCCAUCAUAGUGGGCCUGUACUUUUCAGAUAACAUAUCCUCCUGUCUGGAGACAGAGAUGUAGCUGAGUAAGAGUCUCGGUCUUUUUAGAUAGAAUUGUGUCACAUAUAUCUGAACCUUUCUUGUUUUAAGUCAUGUGUGUGGGGAGAAACGGAAUGGUGCUCUUACCUUUCUUGACUUUUAAAAAUUACAAACAAAAAAUACAAAGUUUUGUGAUUCCUCAGUCCCAACUCCAGGCUAACUGGAAGGCAGCACCCCCUUUUUAUAUGGGAAAAAAAGGAGAAAGUUUAUUAUAAGUUUUUAUAUUUUCUACUUGUUCAUUUUAUUGGUGCAAACUUAAGAAUUUGAUUUUCUUUUAAUAGAUGCUGUCUUUUGAGAUAAUUUGUUUUUACCUUUAUUGCCCUUUUAUCUUUUUUGGAUACUUCUCUUUGUACUCCUGCUGCCUACCUCUCCUUACCCCCACCCCCCACUUUUUUAAACCUUGGUAUUUGUUUCAUCUGCUUUUAGAAUGUGUGAUAUUUCCAGUACCUACUUUUUUGCUGAAUCCAAAGAUAUAUAAAUAUAAAUAUAUAUAUUUUAUAAAGAUCAAAAUGAUAUAAAGGAGAUACGUUUCUUCUUUAAAAAAAACAAAUAGAAAUUCAUUGUUGAUGUUCAUAUUAUGAUGCCACUUUUCUAAAUCAUGCAUCUUGAUGGAAAAGGUGUAAAUAUCAAUCACCAGGACUGCUUAGUUAAUUGGCAUUUAAUAUCUAGGUGAGUUGGGGGUGUGGGGUGGGGGAGUACAGAACGUACUUGGCUUGCUGUCCUCGAAAGGACUGCCAGUUGUCCAUAUGCCUGUCCAGUUCCAUGCGUUUUGUUCACGAGUGGGGGCGUCAUAGGAGUAAAGCCUGUAGGACAGACGAAACCCCCUGCUUCGGGGGAGCAAGCUGCUGUUGAGCUCCAAGGUCAGCUGUUUAAUGAGUGAGGUGGUUUUUUCUUUCCUUCUUUCUCUCUCUUUCCAAUGUGUGGAAUUUCAAUGAUGGAAAUGUCAUUCUGAGAGCAAUAUUUAAAAUUCUCAGGAAUUGACUUAUAGUAUUGAGAAUGAAUUCAGUUUCAAUCAAGUUUACAUUAAAUGUUGCUUUUAAAAAUCUGAAUCGUUCUUUACACUGCAAAGAAUCCAGACCACAUGGGAUAACUUACGAGAUGGUUGAGUGGUAAGCUCUGACGACUGCUUUGCUGAUCAUUUUGGAUGUCAUUGUAAAUAAAGGUUUCUAUUUAAAAUUGAAG